AUGCCCGCUCCCCACCGGGAGUGCCCAGUGCGCAGGCGCACCAGGGAGCCCGGAGCGAGGGGGCGGGAUCAAAGGCCGGAAGUGCCCUUCACGGCUGCCGCCGACCGGAAGCUGCGGGAGGGCGGGACUUCCGGCGCGCCCCCGGGUUGCUGGGCAACCGGCGAGGACGCCGCCGACAGGCUCCGGGUUCCCGGGAGCCCGCCGAGUGGAGCUCCGGCCUCCGGCGCCGCCGGCCUCCCUCACCCCGCGCCGCCGCCCCUCUUCGCCCCGCGGCAUCCGUGCCCUUGGCACUACCUCCGCCUCCCCGGCUCCCUAGAGUCCUUAGCGCCCUCCUGCCGCCAAGCCAAGCUCCACCGGAAGUCGGGCAGCUCGGCCCCCGACAUGGCCACGGCCCCCGCGAUGGCGGGCCGCACCCCGGGGGAGCUGGGCGGCGGCACCGGCACCGGCACCUACACCUUCACCAGCCGGCCCCGGGCCGUGCCCUGCCAGCGCCGCCGGUACCGGGAGGACCCGCUGCAGCCUCAUGAGGAACCUGUGCAUUAUGGGAACAUAAUGUAUGACAGAAGGGUGAUCCGAGGCAACACCUACGCCCUGCCCACAGGGCCCAUGCCAGGACAGCCCGAUCUAUUAGACCUUCAUAAACAGCAGGUGGCACGGAGGAAGGCUCUUGCCAGAAAACGAGCCCAAGAACGGCUCCGGCCACGAACUCCGGAGCCUGUGGAAGGCAGAAAGCAUGUGGACGUGCAGACAGAACUGUACCUCGAAGAACUUGCUGACCGCAUAAUCGAAGUUGAUAUGGAAUGCCAGACAGAUGCGUUUUUGGACAGACCGCCAACACCACUCUUCAUUCCUGCCAAAACCGGUAAAGAUGUAGCCACCCAAAUACUAGAAGGAGAGCUCUUUGACUUUGAUCUUGAAGUGAAGCCCAUGUUAGAAGUUCUGGUCGGGAAGACAAUUGAGCAGGCCCUUCUGGAAGUGAUGGAGGAGGAGGAGCUGGCCAACCUGCGGGCCAAUCAGUGCACGUACGAGGAAAUGCAGAAUUUGGAGCUGGCUGAAGUCCAGCGGCUAGAAGAGCAAGAGAGACGGCACCGCGAAGAGAAGGAGCGCCGCAAGCAGCAGCAGUGGGACAUCAUCCACAAGCACAACGAGACGGCACAGAAGAUCUCCGCCCGGGUGUUUGCGCAGCGCUACCUGGAAGACCUCCUGCCCUCCGUCUUUGGCAGUCUCCGGGACAGUGGCUACUUUCAUGACCCCGUUGAAAGAGAUAUUGAGGUAGGAUUCCUCCCGUGGCUGAUGUAUGAAGUUGAAAAAACCAUGGAGUACAACAUGGUGGGCCGAACAGUGCUGGACAUGAUGAUUCGUGAAGUGGUAAAGAAGCGACUGGAUAAGUAUGAGCGCAGACCCCAGGAGCGCAGGCCUGGACGCCCCGGGGCCUUUAGACCCCCGGGGCCAUCUUCAGACAGAGACCUCGAACAAAGGGCGCCCUAUGGCAGAGCCCCACCACCCCAGGAGAGGAGGUUCUUGGGACGGGACGAGUAAGCAACCAUGAGGGAAAUGAGAAACGUCACGGCCCAGGGGCUGCUCGGGAGCCAUGAACCCAGUCGGGAGCCCAUCAGCUACAUUCAGGUAACGGUGCCUGCGACUCCUCAGGCUAUGGAAAUUAGGUUGUAUUUAGUCAACAUGUCUUUCUCUGAUGGAUUGAACAAACCAAAUGUAAAAUAAUAAAACUACCCAAAACGGCACUUGCAUUUCUUUAAUAGAAUAUUCAAAGGCUGUAUUCUCAUUCUACUGAGAGUUAUGUUUAAGUAUUGGCUUCUCAUUAUCUCUCUAUCUAAGCUGGCCAGUGAAGUCUUUGUUUUAUUCACCUGCUUCUAUUUUAUGUGUUACUUUGGGCAAGUCUCAUAUCUCCUCUUACAAACCAGUGCUGCCAACAGCCAUUGA